GUACGGGCGAACAGAAGCGUGCCGGUGGCGCCCCGUGGCGGUCGGCGGUCACCACAGUCUUGACAGUAUUGUCAACAAAACGGGAGCGUCGUGUGCUCGGACAGCCAGCGCACCAGCAUUCACGCCGCCGACGAAACGCGGGCAGCACGUGGCGAGCUAAUAUUAUCGCGAACAGACUGCGCGCGCCGUUCCAGUAUCAACACACAAGCCUAUUCGCGCGCAUGUCCGAUUCCAACAAACAACCAUAAAUGUUUAUUUCAAAAUUCCGAGUGAACACCAGCAAUGAGCAUAAGCCGCAAAUGGAGGGAAUAUGUGGCAGCACUCAGUGCUACUUUGAUCACGGCGGCGGCGGGCACGACGGUGGGUUGGACGUCGCCCACGCUGCCCAUCUUGAUGGCGCACGACUCACCCAUCGAGACCUCCGCCGACCAGAGCUCGUGGAUCGCCUCGCUUAUGAUCCUGUGUUCAGCCGCCAGUCCAAUACCCGCGUCAUACCUGGCCGACAGAAUAGGCACGAAGAAGACCCUGCUGCUGGCGGCGGUCCCAUACAUCAUCGGCUGGGUGCUGGUCAUGUUCGCGGGCAACAUCCCAACGAUAUACGCCUCGCGCCUCGUCUCCGGCCUGGGCUAUGGUAUCGCAUAUACCGCCGCUCCUAUGUACUUGGGGGAAAUAGCCUCCGAUGAAGUACGGGGCGCUAUGGCGACGCUCAUCACUGUUAUGUCUAAGUUCGGAAUCCUGUCACAGUACGCCAUCGGGCCAUACGUUUCGAUGCUGGGACUGGCGAGCUUCAACAUCGCAAUACCAAUCCUGUUUGUGGUCACCUUCAGCACUAUGCCGGAAUCUCCGUACUACUUCUUAAAGCAAGGCCAGCCGGACCAGGCCGAGAGGUCGCUCAAGAAGCUCCGAGGGCGACGCUACAUGAGAGGGGAAUUGGAGAGUAUGACACAUCUGGUGAAUGAAAACAUGAAGGAGAAAAGUCGGUGGAAAGAUUUGUUGAUAGUUGGCGGGAAUAGAAAAGGGCUAAUAAUUCUAUACGGCAUAUAUUUCACACAACAGUUCUGUGGCAGUACCGCAAUUAUUGCCUAUGCCCAGCAAAUCUUUGGUGCCGCAGACGGUGGCUUGGGGGACAAAGAGUCGUGUAUCAUAUUUGGGACAGUGCAGUUGUUAACAUCUGCAAUUUCAUCGCAGCUAGUCGAUAGGUUAGGAAGAAAGCCACUCCUCCUUAUUUCGUCAUGCGGUGUUGGCUUGACCAAUAUUAUUGUAGGAGCCUAUUUCUUUAUUAAGCAUGAAAACAGCGACUAUGUCGUUAAUCUAAAAUUCAUUCCUAUUAUUGUGAUACCAAUAUUUAUAUUUUCAUACACCAUAGGAUUAGCUACAGUGCCUUUCGCUAUAACAUCUGAAAUAUUUCCUACAAACAUUAAAUCGAAGGCAACGUGUGCUAUACAGAUGUUUGUGGCGUUGAUGACAUUUGCUGUCACCAAGUUGUAUCAAGUGGUUGCGGACAACUACGGGAACCAUGUAGCAUUUUGGGGUUUUGGGGCAUUAUCAGUGGCUGGGGUUGUAUUUAUUUUGGUGCUCCUUCCUGAAACUAAAGGCCAGUCAUUUGCAGCCAUUCAAGAAAAGCUUUAUACAAGUGAUAAAGUUGUUUAUGAGAAACGAGAAGACCAUGUUGACAGAGUAAGACUUAAUAUUUAAUUAGUCAACAUUGUCUAGAUUUUGUGACUAAUGGUAAGGUAAAUUGAUCAAAUUAAUAGGUAGGUGUCAUAUUUCUAAAAAAAAUAUCAUUGAAUACGUUUUAUUUAAAAACCGCUUGUCACAAAAUAAAAUUUACAGUACGAUUAUUUUCACUAAAACUUUCAUAUGAUUGACUUACUCGUACAAUGCAACUAACAGUUAGGAGAUACGCCAUACACAAUGAAGUAUUCUUUAAGGUAAACCUAAGUUUAUUUUUCAGUAUUCGUCCGUUAUUCAAACCGUGUUUAUUGAAUAAAGGUGCUCUCAGCCAGUGUGAUAUUUAAGAUAAUAUACACGGUAUGAUUAAUAAAUCGUAUAUUUUUAGGUACUUACAAUAUAAAUAUAAGAUUAAUAAAAAACAAGUGAGAUAAAAUAGAAUUGUUUAUAUUUUCAUAAUUAGCACAUGGGACAUUUCGAAGUACCUAGGAACCGACCUCUAUCAGGUAAAUACUAUAGAAUACGCGGUAUUUAUUAACAAAUCACCCGUUUUAAGCCUCCCUCCCCUAAGAUUACUCUUACUUCGCCAUAUUAUAAGACAAACCAU